AUGGGCGAUGCGCUCGACGAUAUACACCGCAUUUUUUCAGAUUCUUCCACUCCCCACUCCUCUCAAUGUUCAUCACCGGCAUUUCCAGAUUCUCCAGAGCCAGUGUCAGUGCCCGCUACGCCCUUGUCUUCUACCUUUAGCACCCAGACCUCUUCCUAUGGGACCCCACUCUCACCAUUGUCCAACCUUCAGUACGAUUAUCCUUCCCCAUCUCUUCCAUAUAUAUCGUCAUCACCAGCGGAGAAACUCGCUGCCUGUCCAGCGGCAACUGCUGCUGCCACAAGAAUUAUUGCUGCUGCUGGCCAAAUUACGAGCAUUGUACAGAAACCAUUUCUGUUCAUGUCCGACGCGAGCAUGGUGUACACCGUUCCAGCAUGUUUGCGUCUUAUCGAACAUCUACACGUCGUCGAAAUCCUCCGCGAUGCAGAAGACGAACGACAGCGGCUUCUUUUAGAACUCCGUAUUAUCGCAGAGCUCCACGAAUCGGCUAACAACUCCUCGGCCUUAGCCCACCCCCUACGCUUGCUUUCAACACAUCACAUUCUGCGUGAGACAGCUCCAGACACUUUCGCACUAACACGUGUCGCAAGCUUGCUCGACAGCGGCAAGAGCGUAGCAGAUGUCUUUGCAAAUCCCGAAAAAAAAUAUGAAGACACCUCUGGCAUCGCUGCUUUCGUCGGAUUAUGCACUGAUGAGCUGUUCAAGACAGCUGCAUACCUAACGGAGGCGUUUACGGGUGUUCAACUUCCUUUAGCUCCUCCAGGGAGCGCUCCCACAAGCACGUUAUCUGCACGCAGCGGUCGUGAACCGGGUAAGUCUUUCCGUCUUGAGCGGUUCUCGCAGGCGAUGAUUGGUACGAGUGGGUGGGAGGCGCCUGGAGCUAUUCUAACUGCUUUCGACUGGCUUUCCCUCCCACGAGGUUCGACGAUAGUAGACGUUGGAGGAGGAAUCGGAAGCACGACGAUGAUCCUUGCACGGGCGUUUGGAGGGAGCCCCAAACGGCGAGGAAGCUUCCGCUUCAUUGUCCAGGACCGUCCGGUUGUCAUCGGACUUGGACUUGACGCAUGGCGUGCGCAGUGUCCAGAGAUGCUGGAGAGUGGACAGGUGAUGUUCUAUGAGUUCAAUCGGCAUCCUGCAGUCUACAUACUCCGCGUUGUCCUACAUGACUGGCCUGACGCCCGUGCACGUCAUGUGCUGCUCAAUUUGCGGCUUGCAAGCAGCCCAGAGACCAGGCUUAUCAUUGCGGAUCAUAUCCUCCCAUUAGCAUGCUGGACGCUCGAAUCUGUUCUAGCGCACCUCGAGGGCGCACAUGGCACACUAGCCCCUGCGCCCCUGCUUCCGAACUUGGGCAAAGCAAGUGCAACCCCCUUUUCCAUGGACAUUGUGAUGCACAUAACUUUCAACGGCAAGGAGCGCACGCUACGGGAGCUUUGUGCGCUAGCUCUGUCGUCUGGCUGGCGCAUUGCACGCGUGACAUACUCAAAAGGUUCUCAUUUUGGGCAUCUUGUUUGCGAGCCUGUA